AGUUAUAUCAAAAUUCAACAUGACAGACACAGUUGUUGCUACUCCGGCUACAGUCACCGCUUCACCGGUUUCGAAGAAGUCACCUAUCAAGAAGAAGUUAGCUGCUUCAAAAGCCGCGAAGUCUACCGCACUGCACCCGAGUACGUCCGUGAUGGUUACCAAGGCCAUCAAAGAGCUUAAGGAGAAGAAAGGUUCGUCGUUGCCUGCCAUCAAAAAGUACUUAGCAGCCAACUACAAAGUCGACCCCGCCAAGUUGGCUCCUUUUAUCAGGAAAUUUUUGAAAGCCGCGGUCGCCAACGGUACUGUCCUUCAGACCAAAGGCACUGGUGCUUCCGGACAUUUCAAGUUACCCGUCGCAGAGGCCAAACCGAAGAAGAAGAAGGUCGUAGCGAAAAAGAAGAAAUCGAUUGUCAAGAAGGUCAAAGCCGCGGGAACACCGAAGAAGAAGAAGCUAGCGACCGCCAAGAAACCCGCAACCGGCGAACCAGCAGCCAAGAAGGCUAAGAAAGCUGUUGCUGCCAAAAAACCAAAGACAGCGGUGAAACCUAAGAAGUCUCCGGCUAAAGUGAAAAAGCCAGUUGCUGUUAAACCAAAGUCGAAAAAAACACCAACUAAGACUAAGAAAACUGCUACUCCUAAAAAGAAGUAAAUCACCAUUUAUUUCCUUUCAAUCUUUAAAACGGUCCUUUUCAGGA